CCUCUCUCUCUCUCGCUCUCGCUCUCGCUCUCUCUCUCUCUCUCUCUUUCUCUCUCUCUCGUCGGACGACCAAAAUAAAUUUCUCUCUCUAGACUACGACUUUUGCAAAGCUUCGAUCGAUUGGCACCCUCUUUUUUACAACAAAGAUUAAGUUUAUUCCUUUUGGAGUUAAUAUUGGUCUUGGGUGCCGGUUCAAUGCCUUCGGAAAUCGCUCCUCAGUGGCAAGAAAAGGCUAGUGGUUUCUUUUCAUCCUCAGGGGAGAAGCUUAAAGAAGCUGGGCAAUCUGCUGGAACCUUUGUGGGGGUGGUCGCAAAGGAUGCGAAGGGUAAUGUUACUGAUGUAGCAGGAAAAGUCGGGUCAAUUGUCAAAAGUCGAUGGUCGCUUCUUCAGCAGCCAUCCACGAGACAUGCUUUGCAGGAAAGUUUUAUUUCUGCUGCUGCUAAUACUGGCAUGUUGUUCAGGAAGGGAAUUUCAGAGACAAAGGAUAAAGUCGCUGUUGGAAAGAUAAAAGUUGAAGAGGUGGCAAAGAAGACUGCCCAAAAAAGUAAGACUCUUUUGACUGAUAUUGAGCGAUGGCAGAAGGGAGUUGCAAGCACUGAUGUAUUUGGAGUUCCGAUAGAGGUCACUGUGCAACGACAACAAUCCAGCAGGUCCAUUCCUCAUAUUUUGGUCAAAUGUGCAGAUUAUCUCAUAUUAUCAGGGUUAAGCUCGCAAGACUUGUUCAAGUCUGAAGGAGACAAAAAGGUUAUUCAACAAUUGGUUUCAUUAUACAACCAAGAUUCAAACGCUUUGUUGCCAGAGGGCGUGAACUCAGUCGAUAUUGCGGCUUUGAUCAAGUGUUACCUUGCAAGCCUGCCUGAGCCAUUAACAACCUUUGAGCUAUAUAACGAAAUCAGAGGCGCUCGUUCCAGCAUACAUGCAAUGAGGAAUAUAUUGAAGAGGCUUCCUACAGUAAACUACAUGACACUAGAAUUGAUUACUGCAUUACUGCUCCGUGUUAGCCAGAAGUCACUUCUUAACAAAAUGGAUGCUCGAAGCCUCGCCAUGGAAAUGGCCCCUAUCAUUAUGUGGCAGAAGGGGCAGAGAUUAGAAUAUUAUAGACAGUUUUGGAAUCACCCAUCUAAAACGUUUUCCAAGAAGAACAUGGAUCCUGCACCUAAUUAUAGUUCUUGGGACAUGCUCGCAGAGGAGAGCGAAGCCAUAGAUGCAUCCUCCCCCAUUCCCUUGGAUGACGGCUUGCCAGUUGACUUUGGUGCCAUUGAGGUUGUUCAGUGCUUAAUAGAACAUCACAACUCAAUUUUUACUGAUGCAAACGAAACUGUCUGGAGAUGACACUGACAGUUCGUUUCCUGAAAAUACCGCAUGGGAUACACUGAAGUAAAUAAAGCAACCGAUAAGUUCUCAAGAUGGAGUUCACCACCCAGUAGUUUAAUGCUAUGUUCUUCGCCAGUUUUGGGAGUGAUCACAAUUGUGUUUGUAAAAUUUUAAAUUAGGGUAGUUGUGGGAUUGAAACUUUUAUCUGAAAAAAUAUUGGUUAUGUUGUCCUUUUCCCGGAAAGGAAGCUCUUGCUUAAGUUGCAUCAGGAAUACAUAUGAUCUUUAGCAUCCAUUGUAUGAGACAUUUUUGUAAAGAAAUCCAUCCACUUGCACUUGGCUGUGUAUAUAAAUGAUGAAUCUAAAGACAACUAUAUUGAGUUCAUUUGUAUAAUUCCAAUGUUCUAUUUCUCUAUCAGAAGGAAGCUAAAGAGAGUGCAAUUCUUUGACAUGUUAUAGCCUGGAGAGAGGUUAUGCCACGUAAGUGACACCUGAGCGCUAUAUGGUGCCUAUGACAUGAUAUAUGGUGCCUAUGUGAAGAGUUGGGUUCUAUAGAAUUUUUUUAGGAGAGUAGAGGGAUUUGUGUUAGGUUAUUUAUACUUUGUAAUUAUGUUGUAAAUUUCAAUUUUGUUACUGGAAAUAAAUUUCAAUUUUGUUGUUA